CAUGACUCCUUUUGUUCUAUUAUGUAUUUUAGUUUUAGGACACUCAAUGAAAGUUUCUUAUAGCAAUUAAUGUACCUGCUCUAAAUUCUCGUCUGAUACAAGUUGUUUAGAGUAAACAAAUUGUAUUUGGAGAAGUGAAGGUUGCCAAAAGAGAGAUUGUACUGAAUACUAUGAUAAAGAUAAGUGUAAUAGGGUUGCAUCCUGCUCAUGGAAUGUAUCAAAAUGUGAAACGUUCACUAAAUGUUCUAAUUACUUUAUGAACGAUUCUUUUGAUUGCUACAAAAUAGGUGAUCAAAAUUUAAAUCUUUAUUGUGAGCCUUCAGAUGAAGGAAACACAUGUAAAGAGUAUAAACCUAAGUAAUGUGGGGAUGUUGAAGAAGAUUGUACAGGAUUUUAAAGUUAAUGGAGUUUAUGUUACUGGAAUAAUAACAGUUGUAAUCUAGUGGAUAUACGAUAUUGUGAUCAAUUAUUCAAUGAAGAAUUGUGUUUAAUAUUUGGAGAGGGUCUUGGAUGUCAAUGGAAAGAGAAUAAAUGCACAGUUAUAUCAUGUUUAGAUUAUACUUCAGAAAGUACAUGUGUUUUACAAAGAUAAAAUUUUAUAGAAGAUGAUCCACUACUUUGUAGAUGGAGUGAAAUCAAAUGUGAGGAAGCUUAAGAUAUUUCUCAUCUUGAUUUUUCAAACUGUUUAGUGAAUUCCUUUUAUAAUUACAUUUGGGAUUCAAUUAAUAAGGAAUGUGUUUCUUGUCUAACUUAUGUUCCACCAAGUACAACAACUCCGCAACCAUGAUGU